AUGCGAACCUGGACCCGUCAGGGAAUCUCAGGCCUGGACGUCACCUACCAUUUCUGCGCCACGUGCCCUACGAUCAUCGUUGUGGGACUUCAAGUUAUGGAUGGACGUAUGGCCGUGAAGAGUGGCCUCCUUGACUCGGCCGAAGAUAUCGAGAGGCUAGAACCUAAGGUUGAGAUCUUCAUCAAGGAUCGAAUUGAUUCCUGGUGGCAAAGUGUUCACAGUAUGGCUUUCAGGGAUAAGGAGGAAGAUGGAUUUAUUGACACGGUUGAUGUUGAACUAUAG